CUUACCCUCCCCUCCUGUUUUUCGAAGAUCAGCUUGGCUAUGAUGAGGCUUGACGAUGCGAUGAGCUGACAUCGGCUUAUUGUCGCUUUGAGAUCUCUUCGCUGAGACUCCCUGGGGAUCAUAUGCGGCGCUCGUCCGUUUGCCUGGGCGGCAGCCUGCCGUCCGCCUGCAGGACCAUCGCCCGCCACCACACACACUUGCAUCAUCCCGUCUUUCGGCGGCCGGCCGUCUGCUUCGCCCACACACCAGGCCACGGCUAUGCUGUGGUUCAGAGGCGGUGGGGCGGCAAUCUGCUGGGCGCCUUCAACGCGCCUCUUGUCAUGUUCGCAGGAGGCCUCUUGUCGUUCUGGAGUUUCAUGACAUGGCUUUCUCGGUAAGUGGGUGGAGAGGCACAUGAUCCGCCUUCCGAGUGUCUGUCUGUCUGUCCAUGUGUUUGUGUGUGUGAUUGAUCAGUAUGCGUCAGAUGAACAUGUACUUCUCUGAAAUCUACGGCUCUGGGAACGGUCCGGUCAUGUAUCACAUCACGAAAGACGCGGAGACCGACCUCUCCCUCGCCCGCCACGUGGCCCUCUUCUUCCAUGGCACACCGGGGGGCUCCAACCAGGUCAGUCUGCCAGCCAGCACGCCGCCGACACACCACACACACCACACCGGCUCUGUGUGUGUGUGUGUGGUGCAGUGGGAUGCUUUUGACAUAGAUGCGGGCAUGCCCGUGGUGACCCUGUCCCGCGGCGGGUACAACCACACGCCCCUCGAGUCGGUCGAGACCAUCGCCGACCACACCAAGGUGUACCGGGAGUUGGUGGACUCCAAGGUCAGUUACGAGGCGGAUUUGCACCUGAUCGCUCUGGGGCUGGGGGCGCCAUUCUGCCUCGACUUCGCCAUGAGGAACAGAGAUAGAGUCAAGUCCAUGGUGCUCGUCUCGCCGCAAGUCAGGUACGGUACGCAGGUGGACGGACGGGAGUGUCAGGCAGGCGGCGGCCACAGGGCAAGACAGCACGGCUCAUGUGUCACCGAUAUGUCAUGCAGGGGUAUCCAUAAGAUGGAUCCUAAGGUGGAGGCGACGAUCAACAGUCUGCUGACGACCGGCCGGCUGCCCAUCGACCUGAUGGAGUUCUUGACCUACCAGUCGGCACGCCUCUUCCCAUACGCCGCCGCACGGGCCGUCGCCGGAAUGGGCUCGCACGACGAACGCGUCAAAUACUAUGCCAACGAAGUGAGAAUGUCAUUUAUUCGUUCAUUCAUUCUGCUAUGUGGGGUUGUUGGGUGUGUUGCGUUGUGUCCAUUGAUUGUAUCUAUCAGAUAGCGAUCAAGAUGCUGCACAGUGAUCCAUUCUUCCUGAGCAAGGUGACGGCCAUGACGGGUUUCCAGUGGUUCAGCCAUCGGAUGGAGGGAUUCAUCAACGACCUGCGGCAGGUGCACGACACCGACCAAUGGCCCGUCGAGACGCGGCACCUGCUGCGGACAAUGCACUUCCCCACACUGAUCAUUCACUCCAACCGCGACACGGCCAUAGAGUUCGGCCAGAGUGAGUAUGCCGUGCAGUUCAUGCCGUCCGUCAAGCUCGAGGUCAUCGAGGACGCCCCACACCACAUACUGAUCUCACACAAGGACAGAUGUGAAGACGCCAUCAAGUACGGAGGGAGGACGGUGACGUCACGCUGUCCUCGUGUGAGUUAUGUGUGUGUGUGUAUGUGUUGUGUGCAGGACCUUCCUGUCCACUCAGUCGGUGUUCCGGCUGCCGAGCUCAUGAUAGGCUGAUCGACGCAGGCAGUGCAGUGCAGUCGCUGGCGGCCAGUGAGCUCACCCUGCGUGGUGGGUGGAUGGAUGGAUGGAUUCAUUCACUCACGGCAUGCAUGCCCGCAAGUAACAUAACCCUUCUGGGUGCAUUUGAUGAUAUGACGCAUUUAAGCGGAUACACCGAU